CCUAUCUCGGCCACUAGUUAGAGAAAAAAUCAGCAGCAGCUCCUCCAAUAAUUUCCCCCUUGUUUUGAGAGUCGAUUAAUUAACUUUUGAGUGAGAAAAUCGCCGGAAAACGAUGGAGUCAGAGAAAGCGACGAAUGAAACCCUUGUCUCAGAAGGAGAGUAUCGAAAUCGACAUCGUUGGAGAGGGACCCGGUGGCGAUCGCCGACAGCUUCACCUCUCUCUUCGCUUCCCUACGCUUGGCUCUCUCCGAGGUAACAAGCACUUCAGUUUACCAUAUGCGAUGCUGCAGGCCGACUUCAAGAAUGUGGUAACAAGCUCUUCAGUUUACCAUAUGCGAUGCUUCAGUGAUGCUGCAGGCCGACUUCAAGAAUGUGCACUUGAUGCAGCAACAAAAGGGAAUUGCUAUAUAAAUUCCUGUCUCAGGUUAAAUGAGGUAAUGAAAGGCAUGGAUAGUCUAGCCACACGACUAUUUUCACUCUGCAGUUCCAUUGGAUUUGAUUCCCUGAUGUUUGUAAAGAAAAAUUCUGAGAACGUAGAUACUUUGGACUCGGCUGUGAAUAGGCUCCUCCGUCUUCCAUGAUGGUGAUAUUCUUGAUACUGACUUUGUCAGUUACAAAGAUUACUUCUUCAAAUUUCUUUGUACCUGUAAUGUGCUAGUUUACUUGAUUAUUUUUUUAAUGAUUGUUUCGGUGUGGUUGAUAUUACCUCUAUACUAAUAUAUGAAGGCAGAAGGCUAUUGGUGUUGUGUGGAUUUUGUUCCAUACCAA